AUGAUCCCGUUCGAGCUGGAGAAGGAGAUGCAUGCGGUGAAGCCAUCAGUGAAGGCUCUACUAGUCUACUUGCGGACGAAGUUGUCGGAUAACGCUUUGGAUGGUCUCGCGUUUCAGGAGCUACUACCGACGUACCUAUCGCAUAUUCACUUCUGCCGUCCUCAAGUCACGCUCGCCACGGCUGCUGCUGCGGAGGUGGUGCGUCAGCACCGGGUGGAGCACGUCGUCGGAACCACGAAGCACCAUUUCGGUUGGCUGCACCCGGUCAACCGCGCUUUCAUGAAGGUGAAGAGCGAUCUGCCGGAGGGGGUGGAAGUUUUGCUUGAGGGGAUACCGGCGGAAAUCACACCGCUCAUUGUCUACGAGUCGCUGGUGGUCGCGUCGCUGCAGAAGAGCGGGGUUUCACCGCGUGCGGCCUCCCUCCAUUCGGCAGGGGUGGUGAGGAAGAUCCUCCGGGACCCGGCGCUGGUCCUUAUCUCAACGGGAGCCAACGUGGAGGAGUGGCUCUGUGUUCAGGAGUGUUGCGAGUGUGCGCAAGGGGAUACCUUUGCCCAGGCAGCGGCUCACAUCGGUUCCUUCAGCCACGGUGCGGCGUUGGGGUCGGCGGGUGUUGUGACCCCGAUACCGGCUGGGAGCCAUCUGCUGCUUGCAGGGGAUCUGAACAUCAUUGAAGAUCUUGCACUGGAUAAGACGUCAGGGCUGGGCUCAAGGGGGGAAAAUGACAGGUUAAUGACCAUCUGCAGCAGCUUCGAUGUCCGAGAUGCCUUCAGGGCACUCCAUCCAUGUCUGCGAGAGUACACCUUUUACGCAACGGCGGUGCAGGAGAGUACGAGGAUUGACCGGAUUCUCCUCUCGAAUGCGCUGAUUCAUCAAAUCCAGGAUGUGCGGCAUGUGGGGUUGACCAAGAAGUCCACGGACCACUGGUCCGCGGUCCACCUGCAGCUCAGUGCGGGGGGAGACGGGGAGCUAGGCCCGGGGCUCUGGAGGCUUCCGGCGUUGCAAGUGCCACGCCCUGGGGUGCAGCGGUGGGUGGAGCAGAUCGUUAGAAGGAACACAGAGAGAGGAGGGGAUCUGGAGGCGCUGAUGGCGUCUCUGACGGUGGGCCUCAAGGCCUACACUGUGGAAGAGCGGAAGCGGGUAGCAGCUACGACGGCGCACCUUGAACGGGAGGUCGGGGAGCUGAGGCAGCAGAUGAUGCGCAAACCUCGCUGCUCGCGGGCGAAGGCGCGCCUGGCAAGGUGUGAAGCCAAGCUCAAGGCCUAUGUGGAGGGGAGAUGCCGUAAGCUGCAGGAGCAAGCGGGGAUCAAGGUGGAAAUGAAUAGGGAAGCCCCCACGGGUUUCCUCUCGUCCAGAGUAAAGGCGCGGAAGGCUAAGACACGCCUGGCAGAUGUACUGUACCAGGGGCCCCGGUAUGAGGGGGCGAAGGAGGCGCUGGCUGCCGCGUCGGACUUCUACACCAAGUUGUUCGCAGCGGGUGCGGACACACAGUUGGAUUGGUCGGUGGACAAGCGUCUCUCCCUGGAGGACGUGGCGGCGCUCAGUGCGCCCUGGGAAGGGGCGGAGGUCAAACGUGCGCUGGCGGAGAUGGCGCCGGGCAAGAUGACGGGGCGUGAUGGUCUCCCGAAGGAGCUCUGGGAGUCGCAGUGGGACCUGCUGGGGGGUCAGAUGAUGCAGUUUCUGAAGGGCUUUGAACGGACGGGGGCACUCCCUAAGGAAUUCUCAACUGCUGUGACUGUGCUCCUGCAUAAGAAGGGUGCCAAGGAUGACUUGCAGAACUACCGCCCGAUUACACUGUUAAGCACGGUGCAAAAGCUGAUUGCAAAGGUGUUGGCGAACCAGAUAAAAAACAAGCUGGAGAGCAUGGUGUCAUCUGGGCAGUUCGACUUCUUACCCGGAAGGAGCAUCGCUGGCGCGGUGGCGGUUGCGGCAGACGUGAUUGAUGCUGCGAACGCAGGGCAGGAGGACUGGCUCAUGCUCCUGUUUGACUUCCGCAAGGCUUUUGACUCAGUGGCGCGUGGGUACCUGUUUGACGUGCUGCGAAAGAUGGGCUUCCCGGAGGCUUACGUGAAGUGGGUGGAGGGGCUGCAUCAGGGCGCAUCGACCCGUAUCUGCAACGAUGGCUGGCUGGGAGAGGAGGUCCCAGUCUCGACCGAGGUGACGCAGGGAUGUCCCCUCGCGCCGUACUUGUUCCUGUGCGCGAUCGAGCCCUUCUGCCAGGAGGCGAGGAGGAGGUGGUUAGGAAUCAACGUUGAGGAAGCAGGAAGACUGACAUACCUGGGGUACGCUGAUGACACUACCUUGCUGCUGAAUGGCCGUUCGCAGCUGGGGGACGCGGAGCUGCUGCUGAAGGAGUUUGAAAAGAUGUCAGGGCUGGCAGUCAACUGGGACAAGUCGGUGGUGCUGCCGCUGGGGAGGCAACGCGAUAUUCCACCGCCUGCGGAUGGGGCCUUCAAAUGGGCGUCGCGCGAUGACCCGGAGCGUCUUUUGGGGGUUUGGAUCACACCGGGAGGAGACGCAAAGCCGUCACGGAAGAGAGCUUUAAGCAGAAUGGAAGCAGAGCUGAAGAAAUGGGAGGCGAAGUUUCUUACCACUACGGCGCGUGUAACAGUGGUCAACGCGUAUGUCAUGCCCAUCGCGUUGUUCCAGGCGCAGAUUUACCCCCCGCCGGACACGAUUUGGGAGGAGCUGAGGAGAUUGUGCCACGCUUUUGUCUCCGGGGGACGUGCGAACUCGGAGCCGGGCUUCAUUCUCUGGAAUGGGGAUCUCAUGCAACUCGAAAGGGAGGAAGGGGGACUCGGGGUGAUAAACCUGAAGGACCGGCUGGAUACUGAGGCGCUGCACUCGCUGGCGCAGCUGCUCACGGAGGAAAUGCCGCAGCGGCGGUUGUUGGCAGAGCGUGCGGCGGACUUCCCGCUUGGCUAUGCCUCCCUCCUCGCGCAUGAGGCGCUGCUUAAAGCGUGGGGCACAGGGAGUGAACGGUGGAAGGCAAUCACAGCGGCGGCGAUGAAGUCGCCGGUUGUCAUAUACAUGGCGGUAGGGAGCAGAUGGGAUAUCGAGAAGGAGCGGGUGCUCUUCAACAGGCACAUCCUGCGUGACGACAGCUACCCUUUUGGACGGCGCAAGGGGGAUGAGUGCCUCCAUGAGAUUAUGGUGGGGGGCCUGCUCAUGAAGUGGGCAGAUGGCACCAGACGCUGGAAAUCAUCAGACCGUCUAGCCCGUGACUUAGGCAGCAAGCAGGCAGCAGAAACAGCCAUGGCGGUCAAGGAGGCGCUAAGUGACGACUGGAAGGCGCGGGUCUUGAAGCCGCUCACGUCGGAUGAAUUGGCAGAAGCCACAACGGUGGUGAGAACGACGACGAGAGGGAUAAAGAUGUGGAAGGUCCAAAAAGCCCACGGCAGCCUGCUCUAUUGUGUAAAGAUGUGCCUGCACGAGGACGGGAAGUCGUGGUUUAUGCCUGAGGGAGCGAGGGUUAAGGCGCUGUCCGUGUCGGAAGUCACGCCGAUGGCGGUGAUGGGGGGCGAGGUGGUCGGGGAGCUGGGCGAGCCACGCAGCAGGCUACUAAAAUCGGAGCUCUGCGUGGGUAAGCUAGCGGCCUCACUGAAGCAGCUGAGAGAAGGACUGGGGGUGAGGCACAAGCAGCCGGUCAAGCUGUCUCGUCGUUCAGAGUGGGAGCAACUGUGGGGGAAGAAAAUUGACUGGAAGCGGGCGAUUGCGCGCAGAGACUCUCAUGUGGUCCCCGCAAAGGCGCGGGAUGUCCUGCUGCGAGCCCACUGUUUCAACCUGCAGGUGGGGGAUCGCUUGAAGUUCUUGGGGGAGCGGGCGAAAUGCCCGCACUGCGGGGAGGCAGAGUCGGUGGACCAUGCAUUGUUCUCCUGCCGGGUUAUUCAGCCGGUGGUGGGGGCUCUCAAGGAUGCGAUUCGCUGGUUCAAACCAGCGCGGAGGGCGGUGACCUGCUAUUCCAGCGCGGGGGAACUGCUUCCGGUCUUCCGGAACUGA